AUUUAUACGAAAUCGAGACUCGGCUCGGCAUUCAUUUGUUUACAUCAGCUCUUUCCGAGUUGUAGUGCUUCAAGAUGAAGUUACAACUGUGUCAUUACAGUGGAUACAAGAUCUAUCCCGGCCAUGGGAAAACCAUGGUCCGGACGGAUGGAAAGACUUUUGUCUUCCUGAACGCAAAAUGUGAACGUGGAUACAGACUGAAGAGGAACCCACGUGAAGUCCGAUGGACCGUUUUAUACAGGCGUAAGCACAAGAAGGGUAUGGAUGAGGAAACUGCCAAGAAACGUACCCGCCGUACCCAGAAGUACCAGAGAGCUAUUGUUGGUGCCUCACUCACAGAUAUUAUGGCCAAGAGGAAUAUGAAGCCCGAAGUCAGGAAGGCUCAGCGAGAACAAGCCAUCAGAGCAGCUAAGGAGAAGACCAGAGCUGCAAAAGCUACUAAGAAGGCAAAUUCAACAACUCAGAAAGUAAAGCCCAGCAAGAAAGCCACCCAAAAGAUUGCCAAGGUACCAAAGGCUGCUCGUCCUGGUGGCCACGGAGGACAUGGUGGACACGGAGGGCGUCGCUAGUCCUUUUAAUUGAAUAAAGUGAAAAAAAUGCA